UACGGGCUGACCCCGCAUAUGUGCCCGCCCCGGCUUGCUUCUCUCCCGGCCGCCAACAACAGCUGUUGGGUUGCAGGUGGUGGUGGCGGUGGUGGAGGAAAUGUCCCUCCUGCCGAUAUCCGUCACCGUAAGGCUGACUGGUGAGGAACUUUUCUUUCCCACAGGAACGUCCUGCUUCUCCCGCGGCGGAGCAGGUGGCGACGGAGCCGCCUGGUUGGCGUCUGACGGUGGGAUCUCCUCCCAGUCCAGGAGCGGGGCUUUGUCCGACUGCUCCACCAUGGCGCUCGCAGACUGAGAGAGAAAUAAAAGAAGAAUUCGACGCCCACAAGAAUCGAGGAAACUAAAAGUGCGUCAUGGCUGGCGGUGUUGUUUUGGUUGCAUUUGUAAGCUUGUCACAUCACUGAUGGGCGGAAGAUCCUCCUGCUCCUUUUCCCUCGCUCUCUUUUGGUGACGUCGCCACUUCCGCCCACGUGUCCACGGCACUGGCUCACACCGCGACCCAAUUUAAAUGUAAUCCUAAACGUAAUUUUAUUCAAAUAAGAAUAAUAUUUAUUUAUUCAACCAAGUAUAAUAUAAUAUUCGUCUUGUCCUCAAUUGCGCCCUCAUGUGGUUUAAUGUGUACAUAUAUAUAUAUAUAUAUAUGUAUGUGUAUGUAUGUGAUGUUUUGUUUUUAACAAAAAUGUAUUUUCUUUACAAUUAAUACAUGAAAAGUGACACAAACAUAAAAUUAGAAACGCUGCAGAAAGUUGGAAAACAACGGAAUUGUCUGUUAUGUGUGACAAUUAAAUAUUAACCCCGUGACGUUAAUUAUUUAAACAGGAAGUAAUUUGCAUGGGUAGCGCGAAGUUUCAGCGUGGCGGUGUGGAAGGUGAUCCCGUUCGUGAGUAUAGUGAUUAGAAGAAAAAAAAUACACAAAAGUACAGUUGCCUCAUCAUGAAAUUAACAUGUCUCGUCCUAAAAAUGUAAAUGUUUUGUUACCUGGACGUUAUUGGAGUAUUUCGGGUAUACAGACCGUGCCUUUGUAGCGAUGGUAAUGCCUACACACCCACUUUUAGCCACACUGUGUAGUUGGUCAACACGGAGAACGUGUGCUGCUUAUUUGUAGUAAUUUGGGCAUCGAUGAAUCGUCAAUAUCCAUGCUUUUAACUUCAUUUAGGAAUGUUACAACAUUUUGAAACAUGUAAAAUCAAGUCUGUGAUUCAUUCUAUCUGAUAAAGCAUGACUUUAAUUUGAUACAUCAUCUACUUAUCUACCCCAAAUAUUAAAGAAAUUAGGGCCGAUUUCAUACGGGGAAAUAGUGCUUUUGAUCCCCAUUGCUUUAACAUUGAGCUGUGAUGACCCACGGACUUGGCAAGUACAAUAGUACUAUAAAAUACAUGAUAACUUGGGCUGUGAGAAUCUGUUUUAAAAGUAAACAGAGUGGCCGUUUACAAUUUGUGGAUAAUCAAAAAGUCCAAGGAAAAACUCAAGUGUCAUAUUUUUCAUGUAUAUGCCUCACACUGCAGUGCAGUUGUGUAUUCGUUUUCGCCCCACACUAAGAAAUACUUGGCUAUCAUCGAUGACAGGAAUGUAUAAAAUCCACCAACAUCCACUCCAUAUUUGAGAAAAUCAAUGUUUUUUUUAGCGUUAUUUUAUUAUAUCUAAAUUAUCCAUAUUUUAUUUGCUUUGAUGUUUACAAUCAAGGCAUCACAUUGAAAAUGGGACAAUUCGGUAGGGCAAUAGGGCAAUUCCCGGUAAAAAAAAAAAAAAAAAAGAAAAAACAUAUUAAAGUAAAUUAAUAGCAUACAUACCUUUUUAUCUUGUCCUGAAGCUCCUAACCGUGAGUUUGAAAGGCUUAAAGUUGGACUUAACUUUCGAAGCACUCGUAUGACUCGGUGUGGUCCAAAAUCCGAUACAAAACUGAAGUGGAAGAAGUAAUCUACCUAAAACAUGUAUGCGAAUGAAAAUACACCCGGUGUCCUAUGAAAAAAUGUUAUUUUUCAGGACGUCCCCACGGACUCUCUAAAUUGAGCGCGCAUGCACAGUGUCAGAUUUUUGCAUCGCUAAAAUAUGGGUUUUGUAACAUUCCUACUUCAUUGAAUGAUUUCGCUUUUUAAUUUGCUGACGUUACGGUAAUCACAUUAAACCAUUGGGAAAAGAAAUUACGACGAGAUAAAAAGUCAUGAUUGUGAAAUAGGAAAGUCAUUAUUACGAGAUAAAGUCUAAAAUAUGAGAAGUCGAAAUUGAGAUAAAAAGUCGAAAUUGAGAUAAAGGCGAAAUUAUGAGAUAGAAAGUCAUAAAUAUGAGAAAAAAAAGUCAUAAUUAUGAGUUACACACUGCGCAUGUGCCGCCUUCGGCACAUGUGCAGUGUGUAUCUCAUAACUUUUUAUCUCAUAAUUUUGACUUUUUUUUUUAGCAUGUGUCUUUUAUAUUGUAAUUUUGACUAUCUCAUAAUUAUGACUUAGCAUUGGGAUAUUUUUUUUCCAGUGGCAGGCUUCCAUAGAUUUGUGAAUACUGUAAUUGAACAAUACUGUGUAUCAAUGCAGCACAACAAUAUAGGACAAUGUAACACUAUCAACGAAAUAUAAUCCUUUUUACUAUGUAAUUUUUUUGAGCAAAAUAACUAAAAAGCAAAAACUACUAAUUCAAAUCCUUCCUUAUUUGUAAAGUAAAUAACAAAAUUACAAUAACACAACAUUAUUUGGACUAUUAUGCAGACAUGACUAGGUCAGUCAAAUCUCCAGUUAGUCUCCCUUCUUGUAAUGAAGGCCCCAGCAUGGCAAUGUUGUUUGACGAUAUCAGCGAGAGGCUGGUCUUCUCGAGCUGUGGAGAAGAAGGCAGUAGCAGCGACAACUCUGAUGACUGCACCACCAGACUGCGAAGCCCCAGCAGCCCCGUGUGCAGGACACCGAGGGUGCAACGCCACCGCAGUCGAAGCAACGCUUUAUCGUCACCUUUACGAUGCACCAGCCCCAUACCCUACGCCUCCUGGAAGAAACUGAGGGUUUGUGACUCGCCAAGCACGCCCAAGAGUCUGUUGUUUAAGUCGUCGCAGCCGUACACCACCGUUAAGAUAAAUCCAAGGACACGGCGUUCCAACUCAGUGGCUGCAAACCUGUUCCAGGUGCCUUCAGUCAACGUGAAUCCUUUCACCCCCAACUCAGAGCAUAGGAGCAGCGAGCAGCAGUGGCAGCGCAGCUGUAGGAGUGACAGUGAUGACGAUUAUGGACGCAGGUUGAAACACAGCCUGACAUCAUCAGAGGAGGAUGAUGACUACUUCCUCCCACCAAAGAGGCAAGCUGUCCAAGCCUUCAUGCUGUCACGGUAUGAGAGCGACUUCCUGGAGCUGGAGCGCAUCGGCGUGGGCGAGUAUGGGACAGUUUACAAGUGUGUGAAGAGGCUGGAUGGUUGCCUGUACGCCAUCAAACGAUCCCGACGACCCCUCGCAGGCUCCGCCGAUGAGAAGCUGGCUCUGAAGGAAGUAUACGCACAUGCAGUUCUUGGCCAUCAUCCUCAUGUCGUCCGCUAUUACUCCGCCUGGGCCGAGGAAGACCACAUGAUUAUUCAAAAUGAAUAUUGCAAUGGUGGAAGUCUGAGUGAUGUCAUCAGGACAAAGGGGAUGUUUUCAGAAGCAGAGUUGAAAGAUUUGAUCCUUCAAGUGUCUUUGGGUCUUAAAUACAUCCAUAGUUUAGGACUUGUGCACCUGGACAUCAAACCAAGCAAUAUAUUCAUUUGCCAGCGUUCUGUCUCAAGCACACUGGGCGUGGGUGAGAGUGAGGAAGAGGAUGAAGGAACCCAUCCAGCAGGAGUCACAUACAAAAUUGGAGAUCUGGGUCAUGUGACCUCAAGCAAUUCUCCUCAAGUUGAAGAGGGGGACAGCCGCUUUCUGGCCACUGAGGUUCUGCAUGAGGAUUACGGCAAUCUUCCCAUGGCGGACAUCUUUGCUUUGGGCCUCACAGUGCUACUGGCAGCAGGCGCUCCUCCAAUGCCCCAAAAUGGAGAGGAGUGGCACCGCCUCAGAGAGGGGAACCUCCCCAUGCUUCCAAGGGAGCUCUCUGCUCCCUUCCGCAGUCUGCUCCAGUUGUUGUUGGAUCCAGACCCGACCAAACGGCCUUCUGCUCGGCAGCUUUGCAAGCACAGUGUCUUGAGACAGGAGAGGACCGGGAGGCUGGCGGCUGAGCUACGUCGAGAACUCAAUGUGGAGAAGUUCAGGACAGCCAUGCUUGAAAAAUGUGGGAAUGCAGACAGGGAGCUCCAGGAGGCCCGUGAGGCUGCUGAGUCCCACAAGCAGAGCCCUGUGUCUGCACUACAGCUUCCUGCCAAGAUGGGGUCAGGAGUAAGGCUUGUGGGCAGGAAAACGGCACGGUCCAUGAGCUUUGGUUGUCCUGGAGUGUGAUGAGGGGAUGUCUUACCUCCAAUACGUGCUUGUUCACGCAAACCGUCAGUUUGAUGUGAUACUAAACCACCACUGUACUUCACUUUUAAUAUUGUUUUUUAAGUGUGAAUAAACAUUUUAAGAAUUUUAUCUUGUGAUGUUGUCGUUGCUGUUUGUUUCCUUUUUAAUUCAACAUGUACUUUUGUUUUUUAGACAAACUACAGCAGGGACUUUCCAGUUAUUGCAAAACUCAACUGUGGUUUAGCUUCCUGUUUAAAUGUUUCAUUUCCACUUCAUGUAUCUAUUCACUUUGUUCUACAUCAUAUUGGUCUGUAGACUUUAACUUGGCAGAAAAGUGAUGCUUUGUUUAUUGCUGUUUACAGUUUAUAAGUAUUUAAUAUGGCGCGACCAGACAAUUUGAAUAUUCAAUGAGUGAAGAAGUCGAGAAGAUCCACCUACCAGUGACUUCUGCUUGAGGGAGACAGAAUGCCCCUCAGAUGAAGAGCUGAUGCUUGUCUGUAUGGUGCACCAACUUAUUUUUCUUCAACUUUUAACUACAAAAAAUGUCUCUGAGGUGGAAGGAGUUUGCUUUAGGCUGUAUUUGGGCUAUGUUCGAACUUUGCUAGCAUUAGCUAGCCUGUGAGCUAACUUAGCUAGACGUGACGAAGUAGGUAAGGCUACUUAGCUUUAGCGUUAGCAGCGUCUUCAGAUGUUUGUCCACGCUUGUUUCUCUUCCGUAUGAGAUGUUUUAGAAGUUCUCUAGUGACUUUAUGAACAGAGUAGCAGUCUUAACAACCAUUCUUUUCUCGCCCCAGCUUGAGGAACUUUAAAUGGAGGAUCUCACCAAGUUGUCCAGCGAGCAAAACGCCGCCUUGGUGGUGCUGAGCUUCCUCCAGGCGAACUGCAGCAACGUGGAGUAUAACAAGGCAGUUAUCUCCUUGGGCAAAGAACUCACUGACACUUGGAUUGAAAGUUGUGAUGACGACGGAGCCAUUGAAAGCGACGGACACCUGCCCAGCACCAGCAUCGCGGCUGCCAUCGACCACUUAGAGCCGCUGGUGGAACUUCACUGGCCUGGUGGUCAAGAGGAAGCAGCAGCCCUGCAGGAGGUCGCCGCACGGCUGAGAGAAAUCGCUGACCAAUUUCAGCAGCAUGUUGUGGAUCAGGCGGCACGAAACUUGCACAGGAGCGUCAUGUCCACACCCAGUGACUGGCUUGACCUCCUCAGAUGUGAGGUGCAGAGGGCCAUGAGGCAAGGAGUUGGUCUGGAGCAGCUGCCCCAGGAAAGGGUCAUGAUGGCCCUCAGCCUCACCUUGGUGAAGCAGGUGUGUGAACACGCCCCGCGACUGCUCAGAGGCCUCUUUAACACGGCGCUGCAGUACAUCAGCCCUCAAAGGGCGCUGUGACUUUAUUUUCAUGUGUACUGGAAAAACGGGAAUGUGAACAAACGAAACCACUUUUUGACCCUGAAAAGUGCGGAUGCGUUGUUUGAAUGUUAAGUCUUAUUUUGAAAACAGGAAAUGGUGUGGUUUGAGUUGGUGUGAAUUUUGACGUUUACAAUGAAUUUGUUGUUCCAAAGUACUGUACAGACAAUGAAAUGACCUCUGCUUUGCUCACAUGUUGAAGUAAAUGGGGUUUUGGAAUCAUA